CUGGGUCUAAGCCAGGCACACACCCAACAGUAUACACACGUCAAAUUCUCGACCUAAAUUCUCGUCCCUACAGGUGAAUCAGUAACGGAUAUUCGCAGCUGGUACCAGUGAACUUCGGGAUGCGCGGAUGAACACAGCACAGUUGUCAAAAUGCCAGCGGUAGAUGUGAUAGAUCCGGGACACCCGGCAGAAAUAAAUACGAAGACUGUCACGACCGACAACUAUGUAACUAACAUCACGGUGGGCCAACAAAACGGCGCCCAAGAAACAAGUCCUAAUGGACUCCAAAAGAAGGUGUCAUUCGUUGAGGGCCCGGCCAGCGUUAUACCUACUAGUGAAAACCCAAUAAAAGACUCGGAAAACAACGACGUGUUGUCCCCAGAAGAUCAUGAGACGUCGCAACUGUCAGAGGGGUAUGGGAGCACGGGCAGUUACCAGUCAUCCCCAGGGUCACAGCCCUCUUUUGGGACAAGUACCAAAACGGAAGAGGAAGCAGACGAUAGUUUGGAGAACGGCAGGCCCGACAUUCCAAUAUUUUCAAGUUCCUUUGAUUUUUCAAAAGUUGCCAAUAUUGACAAGCCGGGGUUAUUUAAAGCGACGUCAGAGCCCCGAGAUAGCCCAACGGCGGAGUCUACAGUAAUGAAGUCUGAGAGUCACCCUGAGGCUCACCCCGCCAGAGAUGCAAUACUAAGCGGAGACUUGGUUCAGCUCAAGGGGAUUAUGUCGCAGAGGCAGUUUAGUCUAGUGGACAAACAGGGUAACACAGCACUUCACCUCUGCGCCAAGCUCGGGCAGAUCAACUUCUUAAAGUGGUUAUUGAAUAAUAGUCACAUUCCUCUGGGUGCCAAGAAUGAACGAGGAGAAACAUGCCUUCAUAAAGCAGCUAGGUUUGGACAUUUUAAGACACUGAAGAACAUAAUCCAGUACAAGAGAGAUCGGCGCUUAGAUCUGGUGUGUGACCGGGAUGCACUGGGACUCACUGUCCUGCACUUAGCAACAAUUAUUGGACAUGCACCGAUGGUCGAGUGGCUUUCAGACAAAUUUGGAAGAAUGUUGGGUAUGAUGAAAGCUAAUAACGGGGCCUUGGCUAUACACAUAGCGGCUGCAAGAGGUGAUUUGCCCUGCACACAGGCGCUUGCAAAAAUUGGGAAACACGCUGUCAAUGCACAGGAUAACUUUGGGGCCACACCAAUGUAUUAUGCCGCACAAGAGGGCCAUCUGUCCUGCUUGCAACACUUGGUCAAUCACCAUGGAGACGUUCGGACACUGACCAAAGCAAAGAUGACCCUUCUUCAUGCGGCAGCCCAGAGCGGACAUAUCGAGACAGUCAAAUACCUUGUCCAGAAAAUGGGACAGAGGGCGCUGCUGUCUCAGGCACAGGACGGCGCCACGCCCUUUCACUUCGCUGCCGCCCAGAAUCACGUAGAGAUUCUCCGUACAUUGCUGGCCAUGAAGAUCCCUCAGCAGGCCGUGGCCAUGUCCAGUGUGUGGCUAGUGGACGUGACCGGAGGGACGCCCGCUCACGACGCAGCAGAACACGGGCAUGUGGAGGCCCUGAAAGUACUGAUAGACGCCGGGAUCGACAUACAUAUCAAGGACAAUGAUGGUGACAGUCCCUAUAUCCUGGCUAUACAAAGUAGUAACCCAGAGUGUGGGAUGUUCGCCCGUUCAUUGACUGGUGGAGUAAUAUUGGAUGAGAAAGAACUGGAGAAGACCAGAGGUUAUAUAAAUGAGAAAGACCCCACAAUCUUAGAUGUUCAUGCAAUGUCAAAUGAGGAAGCCUUGAAGUUCAAGAUGAAUGCACAUGGUUCAGAAGAUCAUCCAGAACAAAAGCAUAAACAAGAAAAGCACAAGAAACAAAAAGAUAAGCACAAGUCAGACAACCACGAGGAAGACCUACCAGACCCAGUGCUGCAGGGGGAGUUUAUCUUAAAGGAGCCAGAGCCUGAAUAUCAUGCCUCCUUCCUACCGCGGCUGGAAAGAGCCACACCGGGAGUCAGCCCAUUUUUAUACCUGCAAAAAAAUCGUCCAACACCUAUUGCCCUCCCAUAUCAAAACGAAGAUGCACCCGUGCUUACACAGCAGAGGGAAUCUGACGACGAAUUAGACGUAAGCGAUCUAAACAGUCUAAAAACACCCAUGAAGAUCAUCCAGGAGUCGCAGGGGUUUUCAAGCAGUACUAGAGUGACGACAGUGUCAGCAACAAACGGACCGUCUCCAUCCACUUCACCAACCGGAUUACUAUCCAUUUCUCCAACCGGAUCUCCAGACGCGGUGUCUUUUCGGCCAAGUGAAUUACAGACUGCCGCACUGAGCUCACAGAUGACUGGACUUCUACCUGCUGUCAGUGCGUUUCCUUCAACUCAACCUGAUAGUCCCAAGUCUGAUGUAUCGUUAGAAAUUCGACCACAGAGUGAUGCAGCAACUUGCGUCGUUAUUUCGUACCCACAAGAGGACAGUGCAGUGCCGAGCGGCGGAACCAACCGACCACGCCCUAUUGUUACGUUUAAGGACAAUAAUAACGUACCUCUUGGGGUUAAUACUUCAUCAGCGUCCUCCGCCAUAGCAUCUCCAGUGACUAUGACGGCAGGAUCCCCAGGACCUACAGUAACCAGAACUGAGUCGAAAGACAUAAAACUUUCCACGGUCCCAUCUCCUGAAACAGGCGAGACUACAUCCACAACUGUGGCAAUAACUGAGACUAAGAUCGUAUCUCCUAAAACCAGUGGGUCUCCUGUAUCGACAACUUUGUCUGUAGAAUCAACAGAAUUGAAGCAACUAAAGACAGCUUCUCCAGAUUUAAAACCACGGCAACUUUCGCUGGCAGUAUCAACGGCGGCUACGGAAACACGGACGCGGUCUAAAGGCAUUCCUCCACCCGUGUUACCUAAGCCAAAAAGUCCACGUUCUCCGACGCCAAGCCCGGGUGGGCCGACGAGCCCCCCUACCCCUCCACCCCCUUCUUGGACACCACCUCCACCUCCUUUGGGAAUUGCUGUUCAUCGGGGUGAGUCAAGUUCAUCAUCUGCAGCAGUGUCUGUCACAACAUCAGUCCCGCCACCACCACCACCUCCACCUCCGCCUCCGCCUCCAACAGUGCCAUUAACUGUAGUCCAUCCUCCUGUACCCAGUCACAUGGACCCAGCGGAAGAGACCUAUCUUAAGACAGCCGUGGAGGAGCUACGGGAAGGCACAGUCAGUCCCGCGCCAUUGUUGGCACCCAAUGUCGACCCAGCACGUCCCGAGUCCGUGUCUCCUGCCAGUCGAAUAACCCAAGAUGCGAAGUCUGUACUGAAACAAAUACCGAACCGAGAUGUAGAUGAUGUGGAUGCAAUGAAUAGUAGCAGUACACAUUUUGACUACAGUGCUUAUCAGAGAGCGCUUCUUCGACGUAAAACAGUUGGGCAGCUGCAACCCGUGAAACCGGUUAGCCUGGUGGCAGAUAUGAGGAAGAAAUUAGAAGAAACUCUUUUCAGAAAAACGAGAGGAAGUGAUAAUAACGUAACCCAACCGCCACCAAUAGCAACGCAACAGGUUGCAGUUGUAAAUGUGGCCCCAGGUGUCCCUCCUCCGCCGCCACCGCCGCCACCGCCGCCGCCGCCACCGCCACCGCCACCACCGCCACCGCUGCCACAUAUGAAUUUAGAAGUCUCGAACGACAUUCAGUACAAUGAAGAAGAUUUCCGAAACAUGCAAAUGGCUUUACAAAUGCGGAUGAACCAGUCUGCGCAGCAUUUGCCGAAUUUUCCCAUAUCUGAUACAUCCUUUCGUGCCGGCGGAUUUUACUAAAUAGUUUUUAAUUUCUGAACUCAUUUUGAAAUAAGUAAGACAUUUUGUUACUAAGUUAUUCAUUAGUAUAGGAAUACGAUAGCAGCCACUGACUUAUUUUGCUCGAUAAUUGAUAUAACUACUGUCCUCUGGGGAUACAUGUACAUUGGCACUACUGCUGUCUUACUACAUGCACAACUAACACAGUCAAACGCAUAUGAAAAGUGCUACAAUAGCAGGAAUAUUAGUGGAAAACGUGGCAUGUUGAAUAUUACAUCGUAUGAAAUCGGUGCAGAGUCGAGGGGAAACACCUGGUACACUUAAUUAAACAAGAGAUUCUGUAAUCAAGAGUUUAUUAUGCUUAGCGAAGCUUGUUAUUUAGCAGAAACUAUCAUGCACUAUGUACUGUCAAGCACCAAGUACGUAAAAAAUUACAAUUGCACAUAUUG